UUUAAAUGUGGAUUUAGAUUUUUUUAUUAUUAUUUUUGUUUUAAUAAGAUACCAUAAAAUGGGUUCCACAAACGUUUUUCCGUGAGAACAUCAUAGGAAUUGUGGAUUUAUUAUUAUUAUUAUUAUUAUUAUUAUUAUUAUUAUUAUUAUUAUUACAUUUGUCGACUCAAUAUGCCGGCUGGAAUAAAACCAUUGGAAAAGUUCUUAAAGAAGCAGACUUCGGCUCUGAGCCGCGCUGGGGGGUUCGGUGACAAAGUGGGCAGCGGGGGACCCCGAAGGAGAACCAGCGUCUCCCGCGUCCUUCCCUUCUUCAGGGACCUGUCACCGGAGUCUGCACAGCCGCCGCGGGAGGUGUUCAGCCCGGACGCGGAAGACACUCCGUCCUGGCACCCCGGCCCGGUCUCCGGAGCUCCCGCCGCCGCCUCCUCCUCGUCCUCUUCCCGCUCCGACUCCCGGAGCCCCUCGCUCUCGAGCGACGAGCAGAGCGCCCUCGAGGGCAGCCUCGAGACCCCAACAACCGCCACCGCCGCUUGGGGGGAAGCGCCGCUCGCGCCCGACACACCUGAGAACCUGGUGCUCGCGCUGCUCGACAGCGUCACGGCGAGCAAGAGACAGAGCGGGAGCUGCGCAGAAAUCCUGCUUGAUGACUUCAUGCUCACUCACCCCAUUUUCCUCUCUGCAGACAAGCUGCAGCAGGUCCUCCUGAAGGAGUUCCGUGCAGACAGGAAGUCUCGCGAGGGCUGCCGCGGGUUCGACAGUGCUGACAGGAAGCAGGCCGUGCUGAGCGUGGCGUUCCGAUACCUCAAGAUGUACCGCCACCUGCUGCAAGAUGAGGGGGAGAAAUCACACACCUUCCCCAAGGAGCUGUGUGCGUGUGUGGUGCAAGAUCUUGCUCGGUACCCUGAGCUGGUGGAAGAGGUUCUCAAACUGCAACGCUGGACUGAGAUCCUACAAGACCAGGCUCUGGAGGAGAGCGACAGUAAGAAGCCGGUCCGGCCGCUGUUCAGACACUUCCGUCGGGUCGACGCCUGCCUGCAACCCAGAGAGGCCUUCCGGGGCUCCGACGAGAUUUUCUGCCGUGUGUACACCCCUGAUCACUCCUACGUGACGAUCCGCAGUCGCCUGUCCUCCAGCGUGCAGGAGAUCCUGGCUCUGGUCUCGGAGAAGCUGCAGUACAGCGAGGAGCAGGAGGGCCAGCAGGGGGCGAUGGUGCUUGUGGCAGUCACCUCUUCUGGGGAGAAGGCUGUGUUCCGCCCCAGUGAAGACUCUGUGUUCACCACACUGGGAGUGAAUACGCACCUGUUUGCCUGUGAGCCCGAGCGACUGGGGGCCCUGGUUCCCCUGCCAGAGGAGAUCCACUGGUCCCCUGGUGACAGCAGGCUGCACGACAUGAGCGCUGAGGAGGUGGCCAAUCAGCUGCUAGCAUUCGACUGGGAGCUCUUCAGCUGUGUGCAUGAGGUGGAGUUUGUGCGCUACGUGUUCCGUGGAGAGGAAGCUCGCUGGCGCCCUCUCAAUCUGGAGCUGGUACUGCAGCGCUGCAGUGAGGUCCAGCACUGGGUGGGCACUGAGAUCCUGCAGUGCCAAUCUCUGCCCAAGAGGGGGCAGCUGCUGCGCAAGUUCAUCAAGAUCGCGGCACUGUGCAAACAGAACCAGGACCUGCUGUCCUUCCUCUCUGUGGUGCUGGGGCUGAACAACCCGGCGCUGAGCCGACUGCGCCAAACCUGGGAGGGUCUGCCCAGUAAGUUUAAGAAACAGUUCCAGCAGCUGGAGAGCAUCUCGGACCCCUCCCGGAAUCACAAGUCCUACCGGGACCUUCUCUCCAGCCUCAGGCCCCCCAUCAUCCCCUUCACCCCCCUGCUCCUCAAAGACUUGACAUUCCUUCACGAGAGCAGCAAGACUUUCCACGGGCCGCUGGUGAACUUCGAGAAGAUGCACAAGGUUGCAGAGAUGGUACGGACCAUUCGGAGGUACAGGAGCUCCCCACCCAAUCUGGACACAGACUCCACUCCCUCGUACCUGCAGACGAAGGCCUUCGUCAGGCAGCUGCAGGUCAUCGACAAUCAGAACCUGCUGUUCAACAUGUCCUACAAACUGGAGCCCAAAGACACCUGAGACACACCCCAUCGGGCACUUACCAUGGACAGUCAUGGGGAGGGGGGGGGGUCCUUAGGAACAGAUCCCGGGGGGCUGCACCCAGUCCAGGGGGGCAGAACUCUGUUUUUGGGGUACAGCGCCCCCCUGAUAUCUCACCCAUCGAUAAUUCACUCAUUGGCUUGGUCCAUGCUUGACAGUGAACUGUACAAGUGUUAUAUUUCCCUGGGUAAGCCACGAAGGCCUGGUUUCUACUGCCUUGCUCCAGGUACAGCUGAGCUGGCUGGUCUGGGUGAAGUUUGGUUAAAGAUGGCUGUCUGCAUUCAGGUAUAAUUCUUUUGUUAUGAGCAAGUCAGACGGCGCUACAGUGAGACGGCGCUACAGUGAGACGGCGCUACAGUCAGACACAGCUACAGUCAGACAGUGUGAGACAGCACUACAGUCAGACAGCGCUACAGUCAGACAGCACUACAGUCAGAUAGCGCUACAGUGAGACAGCACUACAGUCAGAUAGCGCUAGACAGCGCUAGUCAGACAGCACUACAGUCAGACAGCACUACAGUCAGAUAGCGCUACAGUGAGACAGCACUACAGUCAGAUAGCGCUAGACAGCGCUAGUCAGACAGCACUACAGUUAGACAGCGCUAGACAGCACUACAGUGAGACAGCGCUAGACAGCACUAAUCAGACAGCACUACAGUCAGACAGCGCUACAGUCAGACAGCACUACAGUCAGAUAGCGCUACAGUGAGACAGCACUACAGUCAGAUAGCACUACAGUAAGACAGCACUAGACAGCACUACAGUGAGACAGCACUACAGUGAGACAGCACUACAGUGAGACAGCGCUACAGUGAGACAGCACUACAGUCAGAUAGCGCUACAG